AUGGGUUCCGAGGCAGCCGAGUUGGAGAUGCCUUUGGUCCAAGAUGUCCAGCUGACCGAGGUGAUGAGGAUCCGCAGGAAGACCCUCCGGGAGAAGAAUGAGAAACCUCAAGACGGCGAGAAGCUCCUUCAAGCCAACGAAUUCGUCUUCCGACUGCACUUCACCCAUCAGCGUGACCUCCGUUUCCUGAGCUGGAAAGUUAUCUUGGACCAGCCUGGAAAGGCCACCAUUAUCGGGACCUCUCAGCACUGGACGCCGGACUUGACCAACCUCAUGAGGAGGCAGCUCUUGGAUCCGCCGGCGGUGUUUUGGAAGAAGCCGGACGCGCCCGAGGUGGUGGACUGCAACGAAGCGGAUGCCCUGGAGUUCGGAGAAAGAUUGGUGGAGCUGGCCAAGAUCCGGAAAGUGAUGUAUUUCUUGGUGGCCUUCACCGACGGCCUCGAGCCGGCUCACCUGAAAUGCUCCGUGAUAUUCAACAUCUGA